AUUUUAGGGGAUGUUACCAUCACCCUUGGCUAAGCUUUUCGAAUUCUCCAUCCAGUCCAAACGGUAAAAUCAUCAUCAUCAUCAUCAGUCCUCGUUGACAGACAGAAGAAGAAGUUCAUCUGAGAAAUUGAACAUAUAGAUCUCAAAUUCACCGUUAAUGGCCGCCUAUGCUCGAACCAGAACCAAACUGAGAUCCAUCCCCCAAGCUAUGAAUUUCUCGUUUUUGGAUAGCGGUUUGGUCUCCACAUAUAGAGUUAGGCCAAAUUACAGCAGGCAAAUCUCUCAGUUUGUUCAACCUAACGGAAAACGCCUGUUUCUCGUGGAUACCCUAGCCCUAGUGAGGAGAUUAGAAGGAGAAGGUGUGCCUUCGAAGCAAGCGGAAGCGAUAACGUCUGCAAUUAUCGAGGUUUUGAAUGAUAGUUUGGAAAAUGUGGCUGAGUCUUUUGUCUCCAAGGGUGAAAUGCAAAGGAUUGAGAUGACUCAAGAUGGUAAUUUGGGGAAGUUUAAGUCUCAAGUUCAAAGCUCUCAGGAAAACCAUUUUUCUUUGUUGCAACGUGAGACGGAGAAACUUAAGACUGAUAUAGAGAAGAUGCGUAGUGAGUUAAGGUAUGAAAUAGACAAGGUCACUGCAGGACAAAGGCUGGAUUUGAACCUUGAAAGGGGGAGAAUCCGAGACGAGCUAUCAAAUCAAAAUCAAGAAACCGCCAACCUCACAAACAAACUUGACCGAGAAAUUCAUUCAUUGAGGGCUGAGCUGGAAGCAGCAAAGUAUGAUGUGAUCAAGUACUGUAUAGGUACUCUUGUCUCUAUUUCUGCCGUUGGUUUGGCCGUAUUACGAAUACUGAUGUAAACGCCAAUGCUGCAAGCCUGCAACCAUGACAUGUGAUAUAUACGAGUACGUGAAAAGGAUUAUUCUUGAACGAUACAUUGUUGGGUCCCAGAUUGUACGAAUUACGAGCUAUUCAUAAUAAAAUGAGUUUCGGUGAAUUAGUUGUAGAAAACAAUUUGACUGAACAGAGAUUGAUAAAUGAAGUUUAAUAAUACCGUAGAUUAUAACA